ACCGUUUGCCAGUUUUCCUCCCCGAGUCGCGACAUUUCCGACAACACCUGAAGGCAGCGCCAGUGAAACGACAAGAGACAGGAGCGAGAGACACAGAGAAGCAGCGCGGGGAGCAGAGAGAGAGAGAGAGAGAGAGAGAGAGAGAGAGAGAGACCUGUACUGUUGUCUAACACAAGGAGAGAGGAAUUCACCACACAUCAUAAUAAUUCAGCACCGUUUUCUUCCAGAGUUGAACCCCGGGUCGCUGUUGUCAGUCGCCACACUGGAAGAUACAGUGUGUCUCCUCUUAUCUGUGCCGGAUCUGGACUCUUUAUAUUUGCUUUUUUUGGAGAGCUGCACCGGUCCUUCUUUUUUUUCUACUGUGAGUGUGUGUUUGAGCUCAGCGGUGCUUUAACUGGUGAAUGAUACACAGCAUGUGCAAGCCGUGCUAUACAGAGCUCACUGUUUCAUGACCUGGAAGCUGCUAAUAUGCUUGAAAAAUGAAGAGAAACCAAUAAAAUGAAGAAAGGAAGUGUGGUGGAAUAGCAACUCUGAUGAAAAGACCUCUCAGAACAUCCAUCCACGGACAGUGAUGACCUGGAAUUGACUGAAAACCUUCCUUUUAUUCAGAGAAAGAGAUUAGAGUUAAAUCUCACUCAUGAUUUAUUUGCUGGGGCUUAUUUACCCUGCAAAAGAGUUUACAUUUGAUGCAUGUGUCUGAAUAAAUGAUAAAGCUACAUGCAUUGCUUUCUGUGGUGCCAGAGGCACACAGAUAGUUUGAUUCACUUAUUCAUUGACAGCACUAGAUGAAGAUGGAUAGAUGGUGUUGUAUCCAGUAACUGGAGAGUGCUAAAUGAGCUGCUGUGUAAGCAGCUUGAUCUCUGGAUGAUUGAAGGCAGAUAGCAUUUUAACUGACCACCAAAGGUGCAGUAGACAUCCCUAGAUGUUUAACUGCAGAUAGCAGUAGUUUCUGUUUUUUGAGCUUGUGAAAGGCCAGGUAGACAGGGAAGUUUAUUUCGUACAAUGAAUACUAGAGAGCGUGUGGAGAUGAUGGAGACACGGGCGGGAGUUCAGAAGGAGAAGCUGAUUGGAGACCAGGUCAACCCUGGUAAAGAGGUUGAGGGUGAGGAUGACAAAAUCCCUGGGUCUUUCGACUGCAACGUUUGUGGACGCAGCUUCCCGUUCCUCAGCUCUUUGUCGCAACAUAUGAGACGCCACACUGGUGCGCGCCCUUACAAAUGCCCUUACUGUGACCACAGGGCCUCUCAGAAGGGCAACCUCAAAGUUCACAUCCGCAGCCACAAACUGGGCACGCUCUCUACCCACCACUCCAAUGAGGACGUAGAGGGUGGUGCAGAGGAGGAGGAGAUGAGUGUUUCAGAGGGUCUUGAUGGAGGUACGAGUCCAACUAAGAGCAGCUCAGCCUGUAACCGGAUGAUCAAUGGGGAUAGUGGUGAGGAGAGUCGGAGGAAAGUGCCUGGGAGGAGCAUGAAAAGAGAGAAGUCUGUUACCGACCAGAGGCCUUACUGUUGCCGACUGUGUGGCUACGAGGCCCAACGAGAAGAUCAGCUCCUGAGCCAUAUUGAAAAGGUCCACAUAACAGCAGACGCAGAGGAGGAGACCCCUGUCAAGGAAGAGGCUGUGCCUGAACCUGAUGCCAUCCAACCCCAGAGUGAUGGGACCUUCCCCUGCGAGACUUGUGGCCAGGUCUUUUCCCAGGCCUGGUUUCUCAAGUCACACAUGAAGAAACAUGCAGGGAUUCUUGACCACUGCUGUCGGAUUUGUGGAAGACGGUUCCGUGAAGCUUGGUUUCUCAAAUCACACAUGAAAACGCACAACACCAAAUCCAGGUCACGGUCAAAAGCAGAUUCCACUGAGCAUCCUGCCACCAUCAAUGACGUUGCCCAGGAUCCUGAAAUUGUCACAGGCUCUGUUACAUCCAUCUAUCAAAUGUGUUCCAAAUGUGGAAACCUAUUUCAUAACAAGGAGAGCCUGAGGGCCCAUGAUAAAAUCCAUAGUUUCGGCUACGGCAGGAAAUCCCAGAGCCAGUGCAGUCUCAGUGAUGAUGAGGACUCACCAGCUGCAAAGAGACGUUACCUUGACUACUUAAACCUUCAACCUGUUGUGAAGACCCUGGAUGAAGAGGAGGAGAAUGAGAAGAAGAUGCUAGGUCAAAGAAUCCCUGAGUUAGAUCCAGUUUGCAGCUACCAGGCCUGGCAAUUAGCUACUAAAGGAAGGGUUGUUGAGCCAGUGGAGCAGAGUUACAAAGCCUCCUGUGGGGGAGGAAGUAUGGGAGAGGAGGCUCUCGCUGGAGCUGCUGUUGUUUUUGAGAAAGAGAGCAGCCGUUAUGUCCUGCAAGGUCAAGAGAAACGCAGCUCCGGGCGCCGCAGCAGCUCUGGUUUGGGAAGCCAUGCUUCUUCAGGGGAUCGCACACCAGAGAGCCUCAGCGACUCUGAGUACCGGCCUUCGUCUCGCCAGGACCGACGGCGACCAUCUUCCUCCAAGUCUAAUGAAUGCUUUGAGUGUGGGAAGGUGUUUCGCAGUCGUCAUCAGAUGAUGGUUCACCAGCGAGUCCACAGGAAGGAUGGAGGUCGAGCAUCCGUGGGAGACAAGGAAAGAACUGCAAGAGACGAGAGAUGGGGCUCCACCAGCGACCCUGAGUCAGGCUCCCCUAGCCGCCCCAGCACCCCGGGGUAUGGAGACUCUCCACCAGCAUCUACCCUUGGAGACCAGGCCUCAGAGAUGGGUACUGCAAAUUCUGGAGAGAUUGCAGAUGAGAAGCCUUACAUCUGCAGCCUCUGUGACUUUGUCACCACAGAGUUGCAGGCCUACUUGACUCAUGUUCGUGUCCAACACCCGGCUGCCCCCGGAGACAGACCCAGCCCAAUACCCAGCCCGAGCUCCAGCUCGGACAGAGGCACCCCAAGUGGAUAUCCCAAGCUGAAGAAAGCUCUUCUCCAGGGGUUGAACAACUCUGCAUCCCCUCCAGCUUACCUUUCAGCUCGAUCCUCCCAGCUCAAUCCCAGUUUGACCCCUGUGGAUCUAUGUGUGAGGGCUGAGGGCUGCAGGGGCAUAAUCUCUCUAACCCAAGACAGAAAGAGCCUCCCUAGCCACAAGUGCUCUUUCUGCUCCCACUCCACUCGCUACCCUGAGGUACUCUGGAUGCACCAGACUGUGGCUCACCGCAUCAACAGCAGUAGCUCCAAUCUGGCUCCUAAGUGGGCCCUGAAAAACAACUCCAAGGGCUCCAGAGACAGCUUACUAUCCUUCAAGAGACGCACUGGUCCCCCGCCAGUUCUGGAAGGAAAGGAGUGUCCACCGCUGCCUCCGCUGAUGCGUGCCCAACGUACCCGGCCCCCAACCUACUCCAGUGAGGUUCUAAAGAAGAGCAGGCCAGCCAGUCAGGCAACCAUGCCAUCAUCAUCAUCAUCAUCAUUAUCAUCAUCAUCCUCUACCCCCUCCUCCUCAUUCUCCAGGGGCUCCUCAUCCACCUCAGGCAACCAAGCUGCAAGAGUCCCCGUCCGGCCAAGCAGCAGCAGCAACAGCAGCAGCAGCAGCAGCAGUGUCAGACACAUGGAGGACCAGAGUCAUCAGUCUCGCUUCAGACCCAAAGUGGACAUGUAUCCUCGGGGAGGCUCAUCAUCUUCCUCCAGCUCUUUGGAGAAGAGCACUGCUACCCUCUCACGCUCCUCAGUCCCAAGCCCCAGCUCUGCGACUGCAUCCCGUGUGUCUGACCGCUACUUAAUGCCUCAAGAGGGCCUUGGCUUCAUGCUGUCCAGCAAACAUGGCCUUGCAGAGUACAGCCGAGCUAGGGGCUCCCCUCAUCAGCCACUUCCCAACUCCCAUAGCCAGAACCGGGCCAACGCUACGAGGCCCAGCACCAUCACCCACAGCUCCACGGCAGGACACAACUACGGAGCCUCCCAGGCACAUGGAGGCACUCUGCUGAAUUCUUCCUCCUCCUCCUCUUCCUCUUUGCCGUCAGAAACUCGUGGAGAUGUGAAGCAGGAGCAAAUUGCAGAGACACCUGAGAUGCCAACUGACAUCCUGAGCUUCCUCAAAAACUACAACCCCCAUGAACUGGCUGCCCUUUACCACCGCUGGGGUGCAGCCAAUGCGCUGCUGGAUCCCACAGGGAUGCUGCGGUCUCUGAUGCGGCAGGGACAAUAUUUCUGUCAGGAGUGCGGGAAGAGUUUCAGUCAGCCCAGCCACCUGCGUACUCAUAUGAGAUCCCAUACAGGGGAGAGGCCAUUCUGCUGCCAGCUCUGCCCAUACCGAGCCUCUCAGAAAGGGAACCUAAAGACGCACGUCCAGAGUGUCCACCAUAUGCCUUUUGACAACAGCCAGUACCCAGACACAAGGAGCUUGUUGCUGAGCCAGGAGGAGCAAGGAGCGCUGGCUGCCAAACACCCACCAACCCCACAAAAACAGUAGACCGUCUGGUAGACCAGGAUCUGGACUUGGGACCAGACUAGUCAGGGAACCUGAAAACACCAUUCCUAAACAUCAGAGGACUGGACGUAGGACCUGAGACUCAUGAUAAACUUUCUGAGCCUCUCCUCUCCACCCGUCAUCCUUUAAUGACCUUAGAUGAAUUUUCUACAAUGAAGGCUCUUGUAGUUGUUUUUAUUUUAUUUUGUUUUUAAAAUAAGAAGAUAGUUAAAGCUGUGCUAGGCAAUUUUAAAAUCAAAACGUGGGGCUGCAGCAGAAGGGAGUGGCUUUUCUACUGAUUGAAAGAGUUUCUGGUGAGAAUCUGCUGUUAGAAAUUCAGGUGUCAGGUGUGCACACAAGUGGGCAAUGCUAUCCACAAAGAAGAAAUGAAAUAUAAAGUUUCUCCUCAGCAGGAAUGCUAGACACGAUCAAUCUUUUGCUUCUGUUGGUCUUCAUCAGUUCAUCGGUUUGCAAGAACGAACCAGCUGUGUGUAGUUUACAUCACCGUAAAGGAUUUCUGAAUAUAGAAGCCCUCAGAAUUCAAAGAGUUACCUUUUGCUGGCGUUUUAGAGGUACCAACACGUGAAGUUGCCUAGUGCAGCUUUACAAGAAAAGCUACAUUUUCAAUGAAAAGAAGUGGAAAAAGCUGAACUUGAAUGCAACUGCUAGCAUUUUAAUCAAGGACUGUGGCAUUGCAUGGCUGCUGUAGUCGCCCCUCCUCUCUCCCCUUUCUUUUUUUUUAGCUUUAUUGUAUAAGAGUUUGUGCAUUCCUCAGGACACCAAUCAUCAGAGAUGAGACGAGAGAGAAGAUGCUCUGCAAUUCAUCAACAGUCAAUUGACGCAUCGCAAGUUCGUUUCCCUCUGGGUUCACCAAGAUGAAGACUUGCAUCUGUGUGUGUGUGUGUGUGUGUGUGUGUGUGUGCAUGUGUGUGCGUGUGUGUGUGCGCGCGCAAGUGUGUUAAACUCACUUCCCUCCACUCCAGAGUGUAAUGUUACGAGUGCAGUGACCACUCUGAGGCUGUGUAGCUGAUGAUUAGAAGGAGGGAGAGAGUUGGAGAGAGGUAGGAUUAAAGAGGGAGAGAGAGAGAGAGAGCGCUAAUGGGGGUGUCUGCUUUAGUGCUCAUUAAAAAGAGGGUGCGUUUUUUAAUAGCCAAUAUAAAUGAGCGUACCAUUUUUAUGGCCAUUCAAUUAUUGUCCAUUUAAGAGGAAGGGACUGAGUGGAGGCAGUUUCCCUCCAUAACUCCAUCAUAUUAAGGAGUGUUUCCGACACUUCUGACUUUGAGUUAGACUGACUUCAAAACAGCGACAGAAAGACGCUUGCUUGGCUCUGCUUUGCACAGAUUAAACUCCAACCUGUGUAUUUGCGUAAGAUAAUAUGGUACUGCAAAUGCGAGCCAGCAUAGAUGCAUCAUAUUGCUAAAGGGCAACUGACUUUUCGGCCUGUUUCAAACUGGGCCCACACAGCUGCACCAAAACCUACCCAGUGUCUCUGGUAGAAGCAGCAGCACAGUGUACUUUAGCACCAAAGUUAGGUUAAUUUUUUGUGACUUUUCUAACCAUUCCUUUUUUCCUAUUAAAACCAGUUUUCCCAUUCAGGCCUUUUUAAAUUAACAGGUAACUGGUAUUUUUCAAUGUUAACCCUAUAUUUUCACGUCUUUGUGUCUAAGUGACUAAUUGUAACAGCAAUUUUUGAAAUUUGUCCAGUACUUAGUGAGACUUUUGCAGGCUGUAGUGGCAAUACAGGCUGCAAUGUAACGUUAAUAGGCAAUUGUGCACCAUCAAUAUAUGUCCAGUAAAAGUGUCUGUUUUCACAACAACAGGCUCAGAUUGUUGUGAAGUGUCUGACACCAUUUUGGAAAGCAUCCCUACAGAUGUAGACCUUUAUGUUAAAGGGUAAGAUCCUUUUUAUUUAACCAGGAACCACCCUGAAAAUGUCAUCGCCAAACCCGCCAGACUCCAUUUAAAUAAGCAGCAAUUCUAUUAUUGUACAACACAGUACAUUUAAAGUAACAGAGGCAAAAUAAAACUCCCAAAAGUCCUCUUGGUUCUUCUUUCCACUGUACCAAUGAUGGCCAACUCUGGUCUGAUUGAAACAAGCCCUUAAUUCAGCCAGUUAGAUUUGAAAUGAUGCUGGCUCUGUGCACUUUAAAAUACUGUUCAUUUAAAUGGAGUCUGGUAAGUUUGGCGAUAGCAAUUUCAAGGCUGUUGAUGGUUGAACAGAAAAAAUCUUACUCUUUAACAAGGUCAGGAUCCUUUCCAUAAUGUUGUCAGGCUCUUACUGUGAAAAUCUGAGCACUUUUGUUGGAUGUACAUUGACGGUGCAUAAUUGCCCCAAAUGAUUACACCAAUUGGUUUGGCAACUGCUGGCUGCAGCGCUCUCAAUGCUGGACCAAUUCAAAAAUUCUCGUUCCCAUUACUCAGACACAAAAACACGGCAAAAUAGGGUCCAUGUUGAAAAAUACCAGUUAAACAAUUUGACUGGCUGUCUUUGUGUUAAACUAAUGAUUGAUGUACAUUUAGUGGACAAACAUGAGAGUGAUAUUAUUUCUUAAAAUAUCCCAAACUGUUCCUUCAAAAUUGGCAGGUUUGUUAAACAGAUAAAAGUGACGUAUAAUUCAACAUGUUGGCUGUAAUAUAGCCUCCACAUCCGACAGAGCAAACAACCACAGAGAGAGAUGGAGCUGAUUUUGUUACCAAAGCGUUCAAGCGGACUAAUAAGCCAAACUCCCAUAUCAGUCAGUCUAAUUUGUUAAAUGGUGAUGUAAAGAUUUGCAUUCUUGGAGGAAAGAGCGAUGAGGUCAUAGAGAGAGCAGCCAGAGGUCGAGAGGUCAGGCUUCCAGAGAGUUCAGGUAUGAAUCCACGAGAUAGAGAUGUUUUGAAGCCCAUUGAAUUGUACAGCCGUCACAGCCUUAACACAGGUGUGUGUGUGUGUGUGUGUGUGUGUGCGUGUGUGCGUGUGAGUGUGCAUUUAUGUGUGUGUAUGUGCAUUCUUUUCAAACCUCUCAGUACUGUAUAAGAGGUUGACUAACUCCUGUGUACUCCAGCCUCCCUCUAGAUGCUUUGUAUACUAGCCUACCUCCUUUGCAAUGAAAGCCUGUUUUAAGUUCAUCGGCUGGUAUGAAGCCUGAGGACUGGUUUUUGCUAGGAGGAGAUGCUCUCUUGGUUUUCUCUCCCUCAAUGGCCUCUACAACUUAAAAAAAAAAAAAGAAGCCAUGCCUUGACACGCUGGGGAAAAGAAGAAGAAAAGCAUGGCUGUUGAAAGCAGAAUUAAAGACCAGGAGUGGAGAGACAUUUUUGUACGCAUUCAAAUCAAAAUUCAAACCAGUUAAAGAUUACGGAGCAUACAGAGUACUGUACUUCCCAUCUAUUUUGAGACCUCAGUAGUUUUUGCCAUGACGACGAAAUGGUUGCUACACCAGUGGGUUGUUGAGUUAUGCAUACAAUGUUGUGUGCUUGAAUAUGCCUAAUAAUACACAAAUGUGUAUACUGAAGGUGUGGGUAGUGAAAAUACUUGAAAUGGAUACUCUAGCCUUCGAGGUAGUGUAGUACUAAUACCAAUGUUGUACAGAAUUCCCUUUAAGAUUAACUCCUCAGUUAUGAAUUUCUACUCCGAAGUGUGACUUAGAAAAACUAUGAAGCAGGAGUGAGUGUAUGUAAUAUAAACUGUAUAUCUGUAAUCCACUCUUACCAAACCCUUAUAUACAGCGGUAGAAACCAAAUGGCAUUACUAGUGCACUUAGACUAGGUUACUGCUUUAACUGUUCUCAUUUUGUCCGAUUUUAGCUAAGGUUUCUUUGAGAAUGUCUUUUUAAUGGUGCCAGCUAACACACUUCAAUGUCAGUUAUGGUUUAGAGGCCUUUUUUUUUUUUUUUUUUUUUUU